AUGGGUGACUGGAAUUUGUUGGGGAGUGUUUUGGAAGAGGUCCACAUCCAUUCGACCAUGGUUGGGAAGAUCUGGCUCACCAUCCUCUUCGUGUUCCGGAUGCUGGUUCUGGGCGUGGCCGCUGAGGACGUGUGGGAUGAUGAGCAAAGUGAGUUUGUGUGUAACACAGAGCAGCCGGGCUGUAAGAACGUCUGCUACGACCACGUCUUCCCCAUCUCGCUCAUCCGCUACUGGGUCCUCCAGAUCAUCUUUGUGUCGUCUCCGUCUCUGGUCUACAUGGGACACGCCUUGUACCGUUUGAGGAGUCUGGACAAGGAGAGGCACCGGAAGAAAGCGUGUCUGAAGUCGGAGCUGGAGGGGACAGACAUCGAGCUGGAGCAGCACAGGAGGAUUGAGCGGGAGCUGAAAAAACUCGAGGAACAGAAGAAGGUGAGGAAAGCUCCUCUGAGAGGGUCGCUGCUGCGCACGUACAUUUUCCACAUCCUGACCAGGUCUGUGGUAGAGGUGGGCUUCAUUGUGGGUCAGUGCGCUCUGUAUGGCUUUGAACUGUCCCCCCUGUACAAAUGUCAAAGGUCACCUUGCCCCAACAGCGUCGAUUGUUUUGUGUCCCGACCAACAGAAAAGAACAUUUUCAUGGUUUUCAUGCUGGUCAUCGCAGGAGUUUCUUUAUUCCUCAACCUGCUGGAGAUCUUCCACCUGGGGCUUAAGAAGAUCCGGCAGACUUUGUUUGGGGACAGAUAUGUGGACAAUGACAGUGUGUGCAGGUGGAAGGACUCUGUGGUGCAGCCGGUCUGUGCGCUGUGUAAUUCCUCACCACACAGGGUGAUCCGGCUCUCACAGACUGCCGUGUCUGACCAGGAGGGACAUGCCCCCUCCAACAUCCCACCCAGGUGGGACAAAGUCCAAAUUCUCCAGCAGCUGGAGGAGGCAGAGCAGGGCCACACUCUGGAUGAGAGCAAGAACUCCUACAGCAGCAAUGAGGUGAAUGAACCUCAUGGCGCCAACCCAUAUGAAGGGUCACAGUCUCGACCCUCACUGGUGGCGAGCCACGUGGAGAUCCCGCCAGACCUGCACAAUCUGCAGAGGAAGCAGCGCCGAAUGAGCGACUCUCCUGAGAGUGAGCCCUAUCCCACAGCCAGGAAGAUCAGCUUUUUGUCCAGAGGAAUAUCAGAGGGCAAGCUGGAGAUGUCGUCUGACAGCGGUGACGCUCAGAGCGCAGCAGACAGCGAGGCGCCACGCCCAACCCAAACAGAGAGUCCGGUGAUGACAUCACCGCCUCCAGCCAGUGGCAGGAAGAUGAGCAUGGCAGGCGGAGCUGCAGAGUCCGACGAGGAGCUGCAGGGUCCGAGACGGAGCUGCAGGGUCCAAGACAGAGCUGCAGGGUCCGAGACGGAGCUGCAGGGUCCGACGAGGAGCUGCAGGGUCCGAGACGGAGCUGCAGGGUCCAAGACAGAGCUGCAGGGUCCGAGACGGAGCUGCAGGGUCCGACGAGGAGCUGCAGGGUCCGAGACGGAGCUGCAGGGUCCAAGACAGAGCUGCAGGGUCCGAGGAGGAGCUGCAGGGUCCGAGACGGAGCUGCAGGGUCCAAGACAGAGCUGCAGGGUCCGACAAGGAGCUGCAGGGUCCGAGACGGAGCUGCAGGGUCCGACGAGGAGCUGCAGGGUCCGAGACAGAGCUGCAGGGUCCGACGAGGAGCUGCAGGGUCUGAGACAGAGCUGCAGGGUCCGACGAGGAGCUGCAGGGUCCGACGAGGAGCUGCAGGGUCCGAGACGGAGCUGCAGGGUCCGAGACGGAGCUGCAGGGUCCGAGGAGGAGCUGCAGGGUCCGAGACGGAGCUGCAGGGUCCGAGACGGAGCUGCAGGGUCCGAGACGGAGCUGCUGGUUCCGACGAGGAGCUGCAGGGUCCGAGACGGACCGCGGUUGGGUUGUGAGGUUCACCAUUAG